AUGCAGAACGAGGCAGGAGAAAACGUAGACAUGUACACACCAAGGAAAUGGUGAGUUGAUCAGCACUCAAUAUAUGAAUUUUAGCUCUAGAAUCGUGUAAUGUCGUCGUCGAAUCGUCGUUUACUGCUACGUUCGAUUAAGGAGUAAUAGACUUAGUUUUGGGUUACCUUUUGCAAAGUGAACAAAUUUGACCCAUGUAUAGGGCAAAAGUAUAUUGAUUAACGUAAAAACCAAACGCUUUAGGCACUAGCUAUAGGUUAUCAUCAGAGUCAACUAAUUUGUUUAGUGUUCCAUCCUUAUUAUUCAUGACAGAGCUCUAGCUACACGUGCUUAGAUUGAUUAUUAUUGUGUUUAUUAUUAUUGGUAUAGGUAAUCACAUGAUUUCUAGUGCAAUUUGGAAUAAAUAAGCACGAGUAAAUUUUUUCAAAGACCUACAAAAUUACACGAGCCUGCAGGGUCAGUGCAAUUUGGGGUGUCUUUGUAAACAUUAUUUAUUCAAACACUGCAAGUGACGUAGUGUGUUCGGUCAAAACAACCACAUACAAUCAAAACAAUAACAUACAAUAAUAUUUUCACAUUUUUAAGCAGGGGUUUCAAUAAAAGCUGGUUACCAGCGGUCUACCACCGCCUGUAGGACCUCUCACCUCCAUCUGUUUGGUGGUCACAGCCGCCUAUUAAACCUUCAGUGGCCGCUUAUAACUAAUGUUAUUGAAGCUCCUGCUUUAAGUCGCAAAAAAGUUAAAAGAUGGGCUAAACAGUUCAAGGAAUUGUUCAGUCUGGUUUGUGACUUCUUUGCACUGAAUUAACCCUCUUCUGUAUUGAAUUACCUGAAAACUGCAAUUUAUCUUAACCAAUCAGAACUGAGUAAUUUUUUCAUAUAUCUUAUCAUCAUAGUUAUUUUUGAUACCUAUACAGCUCCGUUACCAAUCGUGUUAUUGGGGCCAAAGACCAUGCCUCAGUUCAGUUGAAUGUCGGACAGGUAGGCAGGCAAAUGCUACUCUGCUUCAAUUCCAAGCUUAGGCUAAGGCUUCUUCCUCUUCCUUAAAUUGAUGAAUAGAGAACUUAGAGAACUGAGUUAAAGUGGACAUUAAAGGAAUCAAUUUCCCUCAUUCCUUGCCCUUUCAAACACCACCCUCACAAAAGACACAUCACCACAACAUUUCAGGAUACCCUAAGAUGAACAACUGUUAGGGUAUGACUAGCUAUGCUGAAAUAAGCACUACAUGAGCUUAAACUGAUGCAAACAUUUUGUCUAGAAUUCAAUUUGUUCAAGAGCAAGGGUCAAAACAUCGGUAAAAACUUGUUCAUGAUCAGGAGAUUAGGAUAGUUUUGAAAUCCCUGAACUAAAGCCCCUUAUCAAAAAAGUUCAUAAAUUACUCAGACUGUUGAAAGAAAUUCUAUGGUAAUGUUUGUUUGCUUUGCUAUAGAUUGAUGAGACUGGGCGAUUCACUGGCAGUUUUAAGACUUAUGCUUUGUGUGGAAACAUCAGGCAGAUGGUACGUAAGGGUUAAUUAUGUGAAAAGAUAAUUUGAUGGAAGGGCAAACUGGAGACAAAUUUUGGGCAGGUUAAACAUGUGGUUUUGUUGUUCAGGUUGCAGUAAUGCCCAACUUGUAGCUGAGAGGUGAAUGUUCAAACCCUCUUUAGUCUGAAUUGAUGUGUAAGCUCAGCCAUCUGUAAUUGCUUUAAUUUAAGUUUUUCUGUAAUGAUCAGUGUGUCCCUUUCUAUCCACAAGCAAAUGUACUUUGUAAUGUAAAGUGUUUGAGAGAAUAAACUCUUCAUCAGAAUGCUAUAUUCUGUCAUAUUCUGUAGGGUGAAGCAGAUGAUUCCCUAACAAAGCUUUGUAUAGAAGAUUCCAUUGUUAACAAGUAA